AUGAACCCCAACGUGGAAGGUUCGCCGUCCGGCAGUGGUGAUGGCAUGCAGAGCGGGGUUGCCCCGUACUCCCCGACCCCAAUUAGCGGCAAAGCGGCGACUGCCAACGAAAGUGCCAAGCACGCCACUGCGGCAGCUCGCACACUUCCAAGCGAAGCCUGCACACAUUUCCCAUUGAGCGCCGUGCUGAAGCUGCCACCAAAGGGAGCCUGGCGGCCAGCACUCAAUAUUUCAACAGUGCUCACCUCCAUACAGUUACUGAUGGCCGAACCCAACCCUGACGACCCACUCAUGGCUGAUAUAUCCUCAGAAUUUAAAUACAACAAACCACUAUAUCUAGAAAAGGCAAAGAAAUGGACAGCUGAACAUGCAAUUCAGAAGAACAAGGGUUGUGUGGAGACAGAAGAAAAGACUCCCGAGAAUAAAAAUAAGAAAACUGCGCACAAGAGAGAGGCACUUAGUGCACAGGAGAAUUUAGAGCACACCAAGAAAGUGUGCAUGUAGUAGGCCUGUAUUUUACAAAUGACUGAUUUUAAGUAUUAUACAAUUUAUUUCUUUGGUAAUAAUUUUUUUUUCUUGUAUACAGUUGGUGAUAUGAAUGUAAUAAAAUAUAUAUUAACAUUACACUA